UCCCUCCGUGCGUCCGCUUCGGAGCCGGAUGUUGGCGGAGCUUUGACAGGAGGAGGCGGAGGCAAAGGCAGAAACGGAGGCAGAGGCGGCGGCAGCAGCGGCGGCGGCUCUGCAGGGCGAGACCAAGUGGCGGCAUGGCCAUGGAUCCUCUCUCUGAUCUGCAGGAUGACUUGACCUUUGAUAACACCAGCCAGGCCCUGAACCAGCUGAAGUUGACUUCCCUUGAUGAUAAAAACUGGCCCUCUGAUGAGAUGCCGGACUUUCCUAAAUCCGAUGACUCCAAGAGCAGCAGCCCGGACCCCGUCACGCACCUGAAGUGGGAUGACCCUUAUUAUGACAUAGCCCGACACCAGAUUGUGGAAGUGGCAGGAGACGACAAAUAUGGGCGGAAGAUCAUUGUAUUCAGUGCCUGUAGGAUGCCUCCAAGCCACCAGCUGGACCAUGUCAAGCUCCUGGAGUACCUCAAGCACACCCUGGACCAGUAUGUGGAGAGCGACUACACCCUGCUCUACCUGCACCACGGCCUGACCAGCGAGAACAAGCCCUCCCUCAGCUGGCUCCGCGACGCCUACCGCGAGUUCGACCGCAAGUACAAGAAGAACAUUAAAGCCUUGUACAUCGUGCACCCCACCAUGUUCAUCAAGACGCUUCUGAUCCUCUUUAAGCCGCUCAUUAGCUUCAAGUUUGGGAGGAAGAUUUUCUACGUGAACUACCUGAGCGAGCUGAGUGAGCACGUGAAGCUGGAGCAGCUGGGCAUCCCUCGCCAAGUGCUCAAGUAUGACGACUUCCUCAAAUCCACCCAGAAAUCCCCCGCCACAGCCCCCAAGCCCAUGCCGCCUCGGCCCCCUCUCCCCAACCAGCAGUUUGGGGUCUCCCUGCAGCACCUCCAGGAGAAGAGCAAUGAGCCUGAGCACCUGCCUCUGGUCCUCAGAGAGACCAUCGCCUACCUGCAAGUCCACGCUCUCACCACGGAGGGGAUUUUCCGGAGGUCGGCCAACACGCAGGUGGUGCGGGAGGUGCAGCAGAAGUACAACAUGGGGCUGCCGGUGAGCUUUGAGCAGUACGAUGACGUGCACCUUCCUGCUGUCAUCCUGAAGACCUUCCUCCGGGAGCUGCCCGAGCCUUUGCUGACAUUUGACCUCUACCCCCACGUGGUGAACUUCCUCAAUAUUGAUGAGGGCCAGAGAGUGGCGGUGACCCUCCAAGUGCUGCGGACGCUGCCGGAGGAGAACAUGCAGGUGCUGCGCUUCCUGACGGCCUUCCUGGUCCAGAUCUCCUCCCAUAGCGACCAAAACAAGAUGACCAACACUAACCUGGCCGUGGUCUUCGGGCCCAACUUGCUGUGGGCCAAGGACGCCGCCAUCACUCUGAAAGCCAUCAAUCCCAUCAACACCUUCACCAAGUUCCUGUUGGACCACCAAGCCGAGCUGUUCCCCGCCUCCGAGGGGCCCUGAGCCCUCCCGCCCCUCCUCUCCAGCAGCCGCCGGCCACCCCCCCGGCUCCCCCCAGUUCCCCAUGCGGGGAUCGUCCUCGGGGGCCUGAGGAGACCCCUUCUCGGAGAUGGGCAGAGUCCAGCCGGGGAGACCCUUGUCUUGUGUGCCCACAGCCUCGCCCGGCUUCCUGCCCCGAGGCUCCGGGGGCUCUGUCUCAAACAUUCCUUCUCUCAGCAGCCUUAGACUCUCCACUGCCUCUGGUGCCCCGGAUGCCCGAGGCCUUCCAGAGGGGCAAAGGGCCUCCCUGACCAGCCCACUCCCCCUGCAGCUCCUCCCACCUGGUACCCCAAGAUGGCUGCCCACGGGGCUGGGGCUCUGGGCUGCUGGUUUCCUCCAUGACUUGUGCUUCGUGUGACCUGGACAGGGUCUCUCUUCCCAGGAAACAUUCUGGCCCAGGACCAAGGCCAUGGCUCACUCGGGGUGGCCCCAGGGCCCAGAGGCCAUGAAACUGGCCCAGCCUCCUUCCCACCUCCCAGAUUCCUCUUGUCCCCCCGGGGGGUCAGAGGACCUGGGAUGUGGUGUGGUGGUGGAGGAGCGAGGCCCUUCCUGGUCCUGGGCAAGCGAAAGCCGUGCCCGCGUCCCCUCCACCCGAGCUCUUGGGGACCAGUCUGUCCACAUUCCGUAGGUGCCUCCAUUCCUUCCCAGCCUUAGCCAAGAUUCCUUGUGCCCUCUGUGGUGGCAAAGCCGGGGGGCAGGCCCCUGGGUCUCUUAUUUUUGCCAAGUUAGCCCUGAGGGCGGGGUGCCAGGGCUGGGGCCCACCCUUCUGAACUCUUUAUGGAAGGUUGUUUGAAGGCGCCUCUUGUAGCAGCUGCUGGAGGGCAGAGGUCAAUCCCUGCAGGCCACGGGGCUCCUCUCUGUCCGUCCAGAGGCCAUGACUGCCCCCCAGACCCUGGCACCCUGGCCCGUCCUCAAGAACCUUCCAUCAUGCCAUUCACACAAGGAACCUAAGCUCACUCCCGUGUCCGGAGCUAAUGGCCCCUUUUUCUAUUUGCCCUCCCCCGGGGGGGGCUCCUGGUCAUUGCAGCCCUCCCCAGUCCCUGGGCAGGAGGAGGUGUCUGCCUGGAGCUCAGCAUCCUUGCAGCCUUUGCUGACUUCUGGCCAGCCCUUCCUGUCCUCCUGCUGGGGGGCCUGAGGCUGCACCCCAACCUUACCGUGGUGACAGGUCCAAUGUGACAUCCUGGAAGCUGUCCCCUGCCCCUAACUGCCAUUCCACUUUCUGUGCUAUUUGUGUAUCACGUAUUGCCUCUGGCCCCGGCCCCUUUAAUUCCCUUCCUCUUGGGGGCUGGCAUCUUGGAUCUGUCUGGUCUCUAAGGAGCAGCAGAGGCCAGGGCCCCGGGUCCUGGGGGGGGAACUCCAGGGACUCUAGCGGGCCGCCUAGCCUUUCUCAGACCCACUGGCCUGCUCCUGGGGGGGCUCGUCUGUGAAAUGACUUCACCUUCACACUUCCUGACUUACUCAGCACCAAUCGUGUAUUUCACCAUUUGCACUUUUUGUAUUUCAAUAAAGAUGGAGAUUGAA